GCUCGCUAUCCGCAGCCCGCCGUCCUGCUAGUACUCGCCAGCAUGUCGUUCAUCCCGGUGGCAGAGGAUUCUGACUUCCCCAUCCACAACCUGCCCUAUGGCGUGUUCUCCACCAAAAGCAACCCAAGACCGAGGAUUGGCGUGGCAAUUGGCGACCAGAUCCUCGACCUCAGCGUCAUUAAGCAUCUCUUCACUGGACCUGCCCUCUCCAAACACCAGGAUGUCUUUGAUCAGCCAACCCUCAACAGCUUCAUGGGCCUGGGACAGGCUGCUUGGAAGGAGGCAAGAGCAUUGUUACAGAACCUGUUGUCUGCCAACCAAGCCCGGCUCAGAGAUGACACGGAGCUUCGGAAGCGCGCGUUCACCUCCCAGGCGUCUGCCACCAUGCACCUUCCGGCCACCAUAGGUGACUACACGGACUUCUACUCCUCUCGGCAGCAUGCUACAAACGUUGGCAUCAUGUUCAGGGGCAAGGAGAAUGCCUUGAUGCCUAACUGGUUGCACCUACCCGUGGGUUACCAUGGUCGCGCCUCCUCUGUCGUGGUGUCUGGCACCCCGAUCCGAAGGCCCAGGGGACAGAUGAGGCCUGAUGAUUCUCAGCCUCCUGUGUAUGGUGCCUGCAAGCUCUUGGACAUAGAAUUGGAAAUGGCUUUCUUUGUAGGCCCUGGGAACAAAUUCGGGGAGCCGAUUCCUAUUUCCAAGGCCCAUGAGCACAUAUUUGGGAUGGUCCUCAUGAACGACUGGAGUGCUCGAGACAUUCAGAAAUGGGAGUACGUGCCUCUUGGGCCAUUCCUCGGGAAGAGUUUUGGAACCACCAUCUCUCCGUGGGUGGUGCCCAUGGACGCUCUUAUGCCCUUUGCCGUGCCUAACCCAGUGCAGGACCCCAAGCCGCUGCCGUAUCUCUGCCAUGACCAGCCUUACACAUUCGACAUCAACCUCUCUGUGGCGCUGAAAGGAGAAGGCAUGAGUCGGGCAGCUACCAUAUGCAGGUCCAACUUUAAGCACAUGUACUGGACGAUGCUGCAGCAGCUCACCCAUCACUCUGUGAAUGGCUGCAACCUCCGGCCUGGGGAUCUCUUGGCUUCUGGAACCAUCAGUGGGCCGGAGCCAGAAAGCUUUGGUUCCAUGCUGGAGCUGUCUUGGAGGGGGACGAAAGCCAUCGAGCUGGGAAACGGGCAGACCAGGAAGUUUCUGCUGGACGGGGAUGAAGUCAUCAUCACAGGGCACUGCCAAGGAAAUGGCUACCGCAUUGGCUUUGGCCAGUGUGCUGGGAAGGUGCUGCCCUCCGUGCCUGCGUGA